GAUAGCUACUUGGGAAACGUUUCCUGUCAUAGCAUCAUUUGCCUCUGAUUUAACUGGUUGACGCGAAGUGAACAGUACGGUAAGUAUAACGCCUUUUAUUUCUCUUAGCUCUUUCUUCCUACCCUCUGAAUGUCUUGUUAGAGUAACACCUUUCCCUACCCCUCAUCAGCCGGAACACUUUCAGUUUCGAAUGUUGCAUUUGACCGUAUUUGACUGAUUUAGGUGUUUAUAAGCAGGGACACAAGUGAUUCAGUUGUGGAAGCUCUUCGUGGUAGCUUCCAAUCUCUUUUCAUGUCAUUUAUUUUUCACUCUUGCUUUUAUUUGGCUUUAAACAAAUGCUUUCACCGGUCAUAUAAAGAACGCUUGUAAACGCUCAGGCUCGAAGAAAAAAAGCGAAAACUGCUUGUACAGAUGUUAAAAUUUUUGGUCAACCAACCGUGAUCGAUACAGGACGAAGCAAUCCAUCUGCGCUGCUAACAAAAGUAAUCGUAAAUAUUAGACAAUUCAAUCGUCACAGGAAAUGAAUGGAAUUUGAAGCUAGAGCUGAGAUUCUCUAACGAGACCUAAUUAGUUUUUACUAACAGAGUUGAUAAUGUGAAUUGCUCGUGAAGAGAUUCUUAGGUUGUUGUUUGAAUAGAUAAUCACAUGAUUUCGAGUGCAAGUUGGGAUGAAUCAACACGAGUAAAUUAUUCAGAAGCUAACCAAAUUGCACGAGCCCGUAGGGCGAGUUUAAUUUGUAGUCUGAAAAAUGACCAUCUCAAAUUGCACGAGAAAAGUCAUACGAGUGCUAGUUAAUAAUUUUCAAGCCUAAACGUGACUGUUUUCUUCUUUAGUUGUUUUUACUUCGCGUCAUAGCUCACUAAUUCUGCCGCUUGCCUAUGCCUUUUUCCCUCAAGAACCUCUUCAAGCUCUUAAACCAUAGCUCUAUUGCGAAUAAUAGAGAGGUUUUGUUCUUACUCUGUUGGGUAUCGGCCGACAGCAGUAACUAUUAAGCGAAAGCUAUCACCAUAUACGAUGACAAAAACAAUUGCAAACUAGCAGACAAUUCAAUCGUCACAAAAAAUGAGUGGAAUAUGAUGCCUGAGCUAAGAUUCUAUAACGAGACCCAAACUAUGUAUGUAUUCUGUGUAAUUUCCUUUAAAUAUGAACAGCGGAGGAUUUAGAAUUCUGAUUUUAUCAGGAGACAGAUGUUUGAAAAGGUGGGAAGCGUAAGCAAACUUGAGCCAUAACAGCUAAAAGCGUCUAUUUAUAUAAUGAACUCGCCAAUGAAUAAUAUCUGAACUAUCGUUAUUCGAUAGCGCUAAGUCUGUCUGUCUAAACUGUAAGUAAAAGGGACAAGUUUCUAAAGAAACUGUGGUGCUGCGUCCUUUGGGCUAUUACUUUAAGAUAAUUAGUUUUUACCUACUGAGUUGAUGACGUGAAUAGAUUCUAAGGCUGUUGUUUGAAUAGGUAAUCACAUGAUUUCGAGUGCAAGUUAGGAUAAAUCAGCACGAAUAAAUGAUUCGAAAGCUAACCAAAUUGCACGAGCCCGUAGCGCGAGUUUAAUGUGUAGUCUGAAAAAUUUACAAUCCCAAACUGCACGAGAAAAGUCAUAGGAGUGCUAGUUAAUAAUUUUUAAGCCUAAACGUGACUGUUUUCGGCUUUACUUCGCGUCAUAGCUCACUGGUUCUGCCGCUUACCUAUGCCUUGAAGUCGGGCUUUUCCCUCAUGAACCCCUUUCAAGCUCUUAAACCAUAGCUCUGUUGCGAAUAACAGAGAGUUUUUGUUCUUACUCUGUUGGGUAUCGGCCGACAGCAGUAACUAUUAAGCGAAAGCUAUCACGCGAAAGCUAUCACCAUACGCGAUAACAAAAACAAUUGCAAACUAGCAGACAAUUCAAUCGUCACAAAAAAUGAGUGGAAUAUGGUGCCUGAGCUAAGAUUCUAUGACGAGACCCAAACUAUGAAUGUAUUCUGUGUAAUUUCCUUUAAAUAUGAACAGCGGAGGAUUUAGAAUUCUGAUUGUAUCAGGAGACAGAUGUUUGAAAAGGUGGGAAGCGUAAGCAAACUUGAGCCAUAACAGCUAAAAGCGUCUAUUUAUAUAAUGAACUCGCCAAUGAAUAAUAUCUGAACUAUCGUUAUUCGAUAGCGCUAAGUCUCUCUGUCUAAACUGUGAGUAAAAGGGACAAGUUUCUAAAGAAACUGUGGUGCUGCGUCCUUUGGGCUAUUACUUUAAGAUAAUUAGUUUUUACCUACUGAGUUGAUGACGUGAAUAGAUUCUAAGGCUGUUGUUUGAAUAGGUAAUCACAUGAUUUCGAGUGCAAGUUAGGAUAAAUCAGCACGAAUAAAUGAUUCGAAAGCUAACCAAAUUGCACGAGCCCGUAGCGCGAGUUUAAUUUGUAGUCUGAAAAAUUUACGAUCCCAAACUGCACGAGAAAAGUCAUAGGAGUGCUAGUUAAUAAUUUUUAAGCCUAAACGUGACUGUUUUCGGCUUUACUUCGCGUCAUAGCUCACUGGUUCUGCCGCUUACCUAUGCCUUGAAGUCGGGCUUUUCCCUCAUGAACCCCUUUCAAGCUCCUAAACUAUAGCUCUAUUGCGAAUAAUAGAGCGUUUUUGUUCUUUCCCUUUUAGUUAUCGACAGCAGUAGCCAUUAAGCGAAAGCUAUCACACACGCAAAUCUUCCUUGUCUUUCGUACCGCGAAUUGUCGGGUAAAAGUCCCGGAUAAUUUUUUUUUUGGUUCUCCUGUUCAUACUUUUAUAGCCCACCGUUUGUACUUUGUUAGAUAUUUUAGAUUAUAGCAUUCUCCCUAAAACUCUGAAUUAUAGUCAAACUUGCAAAACCGUAAACAUCUAAUAUAUGCCUGGAAUGUUGAUUGUCUUGUAACAAAUCACAAAAGAGAUCUUGAGACCACAGGUGACCCAAGCUCAUGUCUCGAGAAAAAGCCAACGAUGAAUUCAUGAACGCGUCACGCGUUGUGUGACUCGGUGUUAAGUUACGGGAGGAACCGUUGAAAUUUAGAACACGUUAUAAGGAAUAGUAUGGGGAACGAAAUAUGGUCUUGGAUAACAGUGAUGGUAAAGCAAGCUUAAAAUGGCAGAAAUCGCCAGAAAAUACGACGGAUACACAGGGCAUGAGUAAGUUUUAUUGAUUUUACGUGUAAAAUAUUCAUAUUUCGAAAUAUUUAUCGUUGUAAAUCGACCAUAUUUCGUUCCCCAUACUAUUCCUUAUAACGUGUUCAAAAUUUCAACGGUUCCUCCCGUAACUUAACACCGAGUCACACAACGCGUGGCGCGUUCAUGAAUUCAUCGUUGGCUUUUUCUCGAGACGUGAGCUUGGGCCGCCUGUGUUGAGACCACAGAAACCACAGAAACCGAAUGCAGUUCAUUAUAAAACAAACCACGAGCUGCCCCGCAGCCAAUUCCAACGGACCGCGUGUGGUUAAAUGCUCCUGGAAACCUAAACAUGUUUAUCGUUUCGCUUGAGAGCAUGAACUAUAUAAAAAACUGUUUUUUACUGAUCUGUCAUGAGGAGCUUCGGCCCCGAAAAAAUUCGCAGCAUGCAUUCUACGGAGGCGCUAUAUUUCUGUCAUCAGUGUAGAGAAUUACAUCAACGUUUGCGGUCGGUAGGUGUCUGUGCGGUUACUUAAACCUGUUGACUAUAAGUUAAAGGUUCACCUAAUUACUAAUACUGCAUCUAUGCUCGAAUUUCAAUUACGAAAACACAAGAAAUCUGGCAUUAAAAUCACUUGGCGCGAUCUUAUCAUGGAGGCUGAAGUCUUCGAUCGAUCGGCAGAGCUUUCUAUAGUUACGGGAUCCAAUCUCGAUCCCAAAAAAGUCCUGGUAUGUGCUAACGAAAAGUUAAUGUGAAAUCAGGCCGAAAGCUUUUGCAAAGAACGAAUUGUUUCGUCGACUCCGCGAUGACUACAAUACGUUCUGUCCCGCCAGCAGGUCUCAAGCGCGCCAACAAAGGCUGUUCGUUCAACGCCAGGUAACCAAAUAGCAUGCAUGUUAUAUCUUCAAUUGGUCUCUGUGCCGGAAUAAUUGGACAGGGAGAAAUCCAGCAGAUAGAUUCGCAAGGUCUCAAAAUAUAAUCUUGUUAUUGAUGCGGUAAAUCAAAUCGCCCUCGACCGUACCCUUUAGGCGGGAAACACCUCCAGUCGAAAUAUCAUGGGAAAUUGCAAUGAUGUCAGUCAAGAAUAGCCGUGCUUGACAAAGACAUUCGGGAACUAGUAAAGGAUAAUAAUUAUAUAAGUUAAUGGUGGAUGCCUCAAAUUUCAGUAAAAAAAAAGAGUCCAGACAAAGAGCGGUCUCCUGAUAUAAAUAAGUGUGAAUUCAAUUUUUCGUGCCCUCUUGGGUGGUGUAUACCUGAGGAUUACCUUUAAUCUCUUGCGUACCCUCUUGGGUAGUGUAUACCUGAGGGUUAGUUAAAUCUCUUGCAUACCCUCUUGGGUAGUGUAUACCUGAGGAUUAAUUUUUAAUAUCUUGCAUACCCUCUUGGGUAGUGUAUACCUGAGGGUUAUUUUAAUCUCUUGCAUACCCUCUUGGGUAGUGUAUACCUGAGGGUUAUUUUUAAUCUCUUCUAUACCCUCUUGGGUAGCGUAUACCUGAGGGUUAUUUUUAAUCUCUUCUAUACCCUCUUGGGUAGUGUAUACCUGAGGGUUAUUUUUAAUCUCUUACAUACCCUCUUGGGUAGUGUAUACCCAAGGGUUAUUUUUAAUCUCUUCUAUACCCUCUUGGGUAGUGUAUACCUGAGGGUUUUUUAAUCUCUUGGAUACCCUCUUGGGAAGUGUAUACCUGAGGGUUAUUCUUAAUCUCUCCUAUACCCUCUUGGGUAGUGUAUACCUGAGGGUUAUUUUUAAUCUCUUCUACACCCUCUUGGGUAGUGUAUACCUGAUGGUUUUUUUAAUCUCUUCUAUACCCUCUUGGGUAGUGUAUACCUGAGGGUUUUUUUUAAUCUCUUGCAUACCCUCUUGGGUAGUGUAUACCUGAGGGUUAUUCUUAAUCUUUCCUAUACCGAUGAUCGAUUUCGAGAAGACUGAUGUCUUCGGAAAAGCUAAAAAUGCCGUUCCAAACUGAAACCUUCGCACAUAAAAGGUCAUUAUAAGAAUAAUUGCAUUGCGCCGAAGCUUGAAGCCGAACGAGGAGACCAUCAGUUGGAAGCAAUGUGUAUUCUCUGGAUUAUCUAAUCAACACAGUUUCUGGACUUUAAAAGUUAAAAACCAUGACCUGUAUAAAGAAGGGUUUGUCGGAGGCAACCUUACGUAGACCUUCAUGCCACCAAGAGGCGUCGAACCUUGGCUUGAAUUACUUAAUAUGCAAAUUAGCUGGCUGCACAUUGAAUGUGCAGCCAGCUAAUUUGCAUAAACAUUUUUUCCGACGCAAAGCUCGUCAUGGUUUAGUUUCAGUAAAGGUCUAAGUAAUUCGAGGGUUCUUUUUCCAGAUUCCUCUUCGCUCGGUCAGUUUAGUUUUUAUCACUAAGAGAAUACUCCUUCAACUCUUCUGUAGAAUUUAAAAAAGAAUUCUGUCUGCAAAUACGGCCCUAAGGGUUACAGGGCAGACACGAACAAAAGAAACGUUUUUCUUCCCAGUAAGAAAAAAUGGUGCAACUUUCUGCAUUGAAAACCUGGAGCGAUGAUCGCCUUUGUCUACCUAACUUAGCCUCCACUUAGGGUUAUGUAAGAUAUAAGCGCUUGCUAAUUAUUUUUCGUGUUAUUCGUAUUUGUUUAUUUCGUUCAAUAUUUUUUUCUCGUUAAUGUAUUUUGUUAUGUUUGUCAGCGUUUUUCUUCGUCAGUUUACAAGCGGCCUAAGCUCACGUCUCGAGAAAAAGUCAACGAUUCAUUCAUGAAAGCGUCACCCGUUGCGACUCGGUGUUAAGUUACGAGAGAAAACGUUGAAAAUUUGAACACGAUAUAAGUAAUACUAUGAGGAACGAAAUGUGGUCGAUUUACAAUGAGAAAUAUUUCAAAAUAUGAACAUUUUAAUUUCAACUUUUAUGAACAUUUUUCACCUAAAUUCAAUAAAACUUACUCACAUCCUGUGUGUCCGUUGUAGUUUCUGGCCUUUCUGCCGUUUAAAACUUGCUUUAAUAUCACUGUUAUUCCUGCCAAAAGACGAAGUAGUCUUUUGGCAGGAAUAACAUAACUCUUAUUGAUGAUUUUGGUUUUUCAACCUGCAACUACUGUUGCUCUCUAAAAUAAAAGUAUUUUGAGUUGGAAAGAUAACGUAUUUGCUGUUAAAGUUAAUUAUGAAUAACACUAAUAAAUCAUAUUGCAUUGUAAGUCUGACUCUGAAAAUUCAAUUGUGACUGAAGUGGAACGCAAAAGAUAUCACGGUUUAUUCACUGCACACUUUUUAAUGGCAUACGGUCCAUUGACUGUUUUGUCUUAUUUAGGAAUAAACAUCUAUAAAAAAAGGUAUGAUUAAUCAACUGACUUUAUGAUAAAGAAAAACAACACUGACGUCAACAAAAAUUCAAUGCGAAUCUAGGUGUUGCACCAGCCAUAAAAUUCGUUUUCAGUUAAGUUAUUCCAUGCAUGUUCUCACCAACCAAGCAAGGGAUUCGCCUCCUCGUAUUUCACAAAACGUCCUCUCGCACAUUCAUACCGUUCAGCUCUGUUUAUAAAAGAAUUCUUAAAGAUUGGUAUAAAGCUGGAUGAACAUUUAUGUUAAUCGUGGGAAUUAAAAAUCUUAUUUCUUAUCUUUUUCUUUAAGAAUUUAGAUCUGCCACAACAUGCCAUUUGAAGACCUUAUACAGGAAGUCAAUGAUAACAUCGAGCAAGAGAAAAAGAAGCGAGCCAGACUGAAAGACCUGGACCUCAUUGUGCUGGACAACUCACUUCGUGAGAGCACUGUGGGUCAGCUUCGUGGGCACACACUGGAAAACAAGCGUAAGAUUUACGAUGAAGUCAGAAAGUGUGGAUUCCAGUUCAAGAUUGUGGCAGCCUAUUCUCAUAUGCCACGCGUGGAUGACUCCUGGGUCGCUGAGAUCGUCCGUGAGUGUGAAGAAGGCAAAGAAGACCUGGGUAACCUAUUUGCAUUCAGUGAGUUUAUCGACUCAGUCUCUCAAGGUAUUCCUGACACCAAAACUAUUCCAGUGGGUCUGAGAAAGAUGCGAGAGCAGGGAUUAAUCAAUCCUAUCAUAGAGAUAGAUUUGGCCAUAAAAAGCAUCAACUGGGAAAAGUUCACCAUGGAUGAUAUUUUCACGCUACUGACCGAAAGAUUCGAAUGGAGCCGAAUAAAUCUGUCCCAAGAUGCCAAGAUCAUGGUGAAUCUACGAGACUUUCCGGAUGCCAUGGUUUAUGAAAUGGAGCGGCUGUUCAGACUUGUGGACUACAUCGCGUCCAUGCCUGCAGCUGAGCGUCCUUUUGGAAUCAUGUUUGAGGAGCCAACGGGCAAGUUUUUACCUGAGGAGGUUGGCGCUUGGACUGCUGGUAAGCUUGCUCGCUAAAUAGUUGACACUCCUGUAUGUGAUAUAUUUCUUCUGGUCCCGACACUGAUGACAAGAGAUGAUCAUGUUGAAAAAACAGGUGGAGUCAUACUAGACACAAACAUUAAUCAAUAAGUGAUCACAGGGCUUGAAACAAACAAUGCAUCAAACAAAAUUGUAACGUCAAAACAAUGCAGUUAAUACACUUCUCUACAGAAUGUUCUCAUUUAAUCAGUCUUUUGGUUGUCCGUGUUGUUGCUGUUAUUGUUGUUGUCUGUUGUUGUUGUUUCUGUCUUAAUGUCCUUGGCGAUAAUACUGCUUAAUUAUCCAAGGAGCAUAUCAGGGUCAAAGUAAGAACAUGCUUUAAAGAUUUUCCAGCCGUAAAAGUUAAGGCUUGCUUACCAAUAUCUCCUUACGCAAUAUCACUAGGAUGGCGAUGUGAUUUAACCUUUACAUACUAACUUGGGUAUUUGUCAUAUUAUCGAGGUAUACGUAGGAUCAUGGAUUCCCAUGGGUGGACCUCUGGACAUCUCUUGGCUCAUGUUCACAAGAAGUGGGCUCUUGGAGAAAUGGUGCAGCUUGAAUGCCUUAUAAACGGAGCUAACGGUAUCUGGGCAAGCGUUUGUGAGGAAGGAGCUGCUCUUGGUCACGCAUGUUCUACAGUCACGCUGAUGAACCUCGUUCGAAUGGGGAACGAAAAGGUCCUAACACGCUACAACUGCCCUGCCCUGAGGGAUGCUGCAUCUAAUGUGACUAAGAUCACCACUGGCCUUCCACCCCAUCCCAAGCAAGUCAUCUAUGGCAACAGGGCGCUGGACUUAGCAUUUGACUUUGGAAGUAUAGCAGGUGGAACCGUUGGGGAAACUGACUUUGACCUGGCUGAGUUCUUUGGAGAAGAAUCCCCGGAGAGGAUCAGUACACUUGCCUCCGAGCGUAUGAUCGUGGAAAGGCUUGAAGAUCUGUUUGGUAAGGAUGGGCAGUUUACAGAGGCAAUGGCUACUGCAAUGAAGAAACAAAUGAUUGAAGACCUGACGGGCAACACUAAAGAAGAAUAUAUGAGUGCAGCCGGCAUCGCUAUGUUGUUUGAUCGAUCAGGAGGAAAACUCACCACAAAGAUGUCAGAAGUUAUCGCAAAAGCCGAAGUGAAGAGUGUACACGCCCAACAUCUAAUUGCAGCGGUUCGCAGUAUAUGGAACACGUGGGACAUCAAGGAAGGACAACCGAAUGAUGAUCAGCUGAUUUUCUGCUCCUUCUACAACGGGUUCAUGGCGCCUUACUUUGGAUGCUUCAAGUGCGAAGACACACUGAAGGCCUUGCAAGCUAUCAACAUGGAUAAUGAUGGAUACAUCGACUGGAAUGAAUUCCUGGUGUAUCUCAAGUGGGCGAUGCGUGAAUAUCCCAACAUCAAAGAUGUCGAUGAGCUGUUAAGCGUCGCCUUCAAUAAGGGAAUCAUACCCGCCAUGCGAGAUGAAGUACUUGGCAAAAAAGGGAAGGCAAGUCGGGGAAAGAAGUUCAAGUCCAAAUGAAAAAUGAUUUAGGCAUUCCGUUUUCACUGCCUGAUCCCAAACCUACUGCAAUGCUUGAACUUGCAAUUCAUGCUAUUGGGUAUAUUUUGAUAAAUUAUUAGUCAACAUUAGAAAUAUGGUCAAUUGAUCGAUGUAAGUUUAGCUGUAGGUGCGAUAUUUCCUUCACAAACUUGUUGUUAGGGCUUAGGGUUCUGGUUUAUUUUAAGGUCAUAAUCACGCGUCUGUACCAGUCACCGGUGUAUGGCUCGAUUAAAAGAAAUAUAUGUG